UAGGGCGUGUCUAAUGAAUAUUCAAUGCGUUUACGUUCUCGCCGUCCAUUGGCUAAGGCUGUGGCUGCUGAAUAAUUAAGUAGAAUUCGUAACUGCGUUCGCUUGUGACGUCAUCCCCCCGGCUCUGCGUGUCAGUUUUACGCUGCUGUCUCGUGAAUGGGUCAAGACUAAACAAACCGAAAGCGGUCUCGGUUUUAAACGGGUUGCCCCAUGUCCCUCCGUUCAUUCUGGACUGUCAGAUAACGGACCCGUCUCGAGCAGACAGACCAACAGCUCUCAAAUCUGGGGCUUUGAUCACUGAGUCCUUGGGCAUUGGAAGCGAACCAUUUCUGCUGAACCAGCUGUUUAGACCCAAAGAACAACUUCUGUAGAAAGUAGAUGAGCAUCAGAGCUCGACGUGUUGCUGGUAGAGUCAUGACCCUGAGACCAGCCAAUGGCUGCAGACAGCUGACCUUGACCUUUGGCCUGACCCUGACUCUAGGCCUGCUGCUGUGGCCAGUAGGAGAUGUCAGUGGUCAGGAUGGACCGUCUCCUGCGCAGAUCCUUCAGGAGCUACUGACACGUUAUGGAGACAACACCAGCAUCUCCGUCCCUCAGCUCCGAGCGCUCCUCGUGCGCUUAAACGGAGGCCAGAGCGGUGACCAUGAUGCACAAACACAGCCCACCAAAACCAAUGCAUCUCAGUGCUUGGCUGCAGACACUCUGGCAGCGUAUGGGAUGAGCGAACAGUCCCGUAUAGAUGAACGAGGCCUGCAGGAAAUCUGCCCUACCAUGAUACAGCAGCUGGACACACAAGCGUGUAAGACCCAACAGGACCAAGAGGCAGAGACCAGCCCCAGACCCACUGAUGCUGAGGUGUGGGGGUAUGGGUUCCUCUGUGUGACCGUGAUAUCUCUGUGUUCACUGGUCGGGGCGAGUGUGGUUCCCUUCAUGAGGAAAACCUUUUACAAGCGGUUGCUGCUGUACUUCAUAGCCCUGGCCAUUGGUACUCUGUACUCCAACGCACUCUUUCAACUAAUCCCAGAGGCCUUCGGAUUCAACCCCAUGGAGGAUUAUUAUGUGCCUAAGUCUGCCGUCGUGUUUGGAGGAUUCUACCUGUUCUUCUUCACAGAGAAAGUCCUGAAGAUGAUCUUAAAGCCAAAGGACAGGGAAGGGCAUGGCCACGGCCACAGUCACUUUCCCGCGGAGCGCUAUGCCAGCUCUAAUGGAGAUCUGGAGGAUGGUGUGAUGGAGAAACUGCAGAAUGGAGAGACUGGAGGAGCAUCUGUAGCCAGAGCCGAAGCAGAUGUCGGAGGACUCGGAGAAGACGACAAAAUUCUCAGCACUGGCCAGACAGUACAGGACUCUCAGAGCUCGGGUGGAUGUUAUUGGCUGAAGGGCAGGGGUUACUCUGACAUCGGGACUCUGGCGUGGAUGAUCACUCUGAGCGACGGUCUUCAUAAUUUCAUCGAUGGUUUGGCCAUCGGAGCCUCCUUCACUUCAUCUGUGUUUCAGGGCAUCAGUACUUCGGUGGCGAUUCUGUGUGAGGAGUUUCCACACGAGCUGGGUGAUUUUGUAAUCCUGCUAAACGCUGGCAUGAGCAUCCAGCAAGCGCUCUUCUUUAACUUCCUGUCAGCGUGCUGCUGUUAUCUGGGCAUGGGCUUCGGCAUCCUGGCCGGGAACAACUUCUCUCCUAACUGGAUCUUUGCUCUGGCCGGAGGCAUGUUCCUCUACAUCGCGCUGGCUGAUAUGUUUCCGGAGAUGAAUGAGGUGAGUCGUGAGGAAGAGGAGGCCGGAGGAAGUGGCUCUCUGUUAACGUUUGCCAUCCAGAACGCAGGGCUGCUCACAGGGUUUGCCAUCAUGCUUGUGCUGACCAUCUACUCUGGACAGAUACAGCUGGGAUAACAGAGGACCUGCACACAGACAGUAUCUCGAACGCUGACUGGUGCCCAGCUGGACUAGGUCAUGACAGUAAUGGGAUUGUUUUGGCCAUAGUUUGGGCUCCGAGUAAACCCUGGACUGUUAAAAUGAGGCAAGAGUUGACUGACCUGUGAACUCCGCUUUAGAUUCGUUUAAAAAUCUGACGUUCUUUUGCCUCCAAGACUUCCAUUUGAUUUUUAAUGUAUUUAAUUUUCAACAAAAAAAGACUCUUUCCUUCAGAGACCGUGAGCUGGAUGGGAUGAAAACUUGACUCGUUUUACUGACGCUUACAUUUUUUAAAUGUAUGUUUUUUCUAUGCUUCAUACCAAAUGUUUGUUUAUUCAAAACAAAAACAUAAUAAAACCCCAAAAAACAUAGAUAUAGAGUAGUUGUUCCGCCCUUAUAUUUCUACUAAACUGAACGUUAUAUAGGUCACUUUAAUCAAAGGUUACUGUGCACUGUUGUGUAACUAGAGUUUAGUUUGGACACAAAGCGAUGUCUGUUCACUAAUAUAUCCCUGUUUGAUUUCCCCCCUCAAUGCCAUUCCAUAACAGCACGUGAAACACUAAAGCACUCAGUGUUUAUUUUUUUAUGUCAAGCAGAGACCAAGGUUCUUCCAGACAAUAUUCCUUUAACUUGUUCAUAUGUCCACAAUAAGUGGUGCAUGCUUUUAAAUCAUUGCUUUUUGCUUUUAAUUAUGAUAGUUCCUCUUAUAAUUAUAAAACACCUAUUUUCCACAUCCUUUCGUCUUGAUCUGAAUGCAGUACUCCUCAUAAUUAGGAAAUGUGUGUAAAAGCAUUGUAGUGAUUUAUAUACAAUAAUCCGAUCAUUCCUUACAACUUUCCUUUAUAAUUAAUUGCACCACAGCACAAUUCUUAGAGCUCUUUGCUAAUGAAGCAUCUGGACUGACAGAAAUCAUUUUGAAUAUUAGUGGAUUUUAAGUCGAAGUGUGUAAUUGCUCCAGCGCUAGUUAAAUCAAACUAGCAAAUGAUUUCCUAAUCGUU